AUGUUUCUGCCGGACAGGAGGGCUAGCAAUACCGACGACCUGGAAAUGGGCAACCAUACCAGGUCACCGUCGCUGGAAUCCGGUUCAGCCCACGACGGCAGCAGCUUCAGCAGCAGCAGGUACGGCAAGAACAACCGCGGCGGCGACGGCCGUGCCAGACACCACCGCACCCCGAGCUCCGCGGGCAACGUGGAGAGCACCCGCAGAGAACGCUCGACCCGUCGUGCCACCGACGGCGACGGCAGUGGCCGCGGCGCGCCCGGCCACGGCAGACGGCGCAGCGGCAGCCACGGCAGCCGCGGCAGCCGCGGCGGCGGCGGUGGCGGCGGUGUCGGUGGCGGCAGCCGGAGCUCCAGCCGGAGCUCCAGCCCGGACGGCGGCGACCGGAGCGGCCAAAAACACCGCCGCGGUGGCGACGGCAGCGGCAGCAGUCGGGCCAGAACCCUCGGAGCCGACACCGACAAUGACGCGGGAGGACUGCUGGAGGGAAGCAGCUACUCCGGCAUGUCCGGGAUGGUUGUCGUCGACCGCAACAACAACGACCGCGGCGCGUCCUCGAGAAACAUCGGCGGCGCCGGGAAGAGCGCGAGUGGCCGCUCAGUGGGCGGCGGAGGCGGGCUUGGUGCCGAUGGAGGUGGUAGCGGCAUGGGCGGGGGGGGGCAGGAGCCCGCGGUGCAGAGGAACGGGUGCAUGAAAACGUCGACGGCGUUGAAGCUGAUCACCCUGGCGAUCGCGCUCCUCAACGUCGUGGCUCUGUGGGGGUGGCAUUACGAUACGCGGGCGGGGAGGCUGUGCUCGAUCAGGAGCCGGCGAGCGUGCGUGUCGUCCGGCCCCGAGAUGGCCCUGAUUUCGGUCGCGAGGCUGACAGCCGGGGCGCUGUUCCCGAGCAUCUUCUUCUGCGUGCUCUCCAAGUGCUACGCCACGCGCUACCUCUUGCACCACAGCUGGCUGACCUUUAUCAUCGACUUCGAGCCUUCGCACAAGCUCCACACCUACUUCGGAGUGCUGAUUCUGCUCUGCAGUGUCGUCCACAGCGUGUGUCACAUCGCGGUCGGCGCCCUGCAACGCCGCGCGGACCACGCCUUCAAAGACGAGAUAAACCGCUCGGGCCUGGUGGCUGUGCUGCUGCUCUUGCCGAUAGCCCUGCCCAUGACCAUGCGGUUGGCUAAAACAAAACUCACGUUCGAGGCGAGGAAGUACCUGCACCUGCUGUUCAUCCCGUUCAUGAUUGCCGUCUGCUUCCACGGGAGGGCGCUCCAGAUCCUGGGCGCCAUCCUCCUCGCGUGGUACCUGCUGGACCGCUUGUACUUCACUACCAAGAUGACUUUCCUUCUGAGCUCGCCGGUUUACAAGCCGGUCGGGAGGGGCACUCUUGUCCGGUUCGAGCUUCCUCCCGGGUACCAGUACAAGCCCGGCGCGUACGUCCAGGUGAAUUGCCCGGCGAUAAGCGUGUCCGAGUGGCACCCCUUCUCCCUCUUCCCGGUGCCGGGGUCCCGCCCAAGAGCGGGUUUCCACGUGGAGGCGGUGGGCGACUGGACGAAUGAGAUGUUCCGGUUCUGCCUCGAGAACCCGCAAAUGCCGCUGUGGAUCACGGCCGCGCAGCCCAGCGUGGUGGAGAAGACCAUGUACUUCGACAACGAACCGAGCAUAUCGGAGGCAAUCGAGCUUGAACCAGUGUUCCAGAAGAAAAAGAACAUCCACCUCCUGUGGUGCUGCCGCGACGCGGGGAUGGUCGCCAUGUUUGAGAAACAGUUGCGCCGCGUCAAGAGCACCGUCUACCUGACCGGGAAACCGACGAAUAAGACGAAGAAGCGGAUGGUGGACCUCCUCGCGCCGUCGAGGAGCGACGUCGUGGCCGCCAACGCGGGCACCUCCACCUCCAGAUCGUCUUCAUUGCGCGGGGACCCCGCGUGCGCUCUCGAGGACGGGCGCGGCGGCGGCGGCGGCGGCGGCGGGCCAGAGGUCUCGAACCUCAACGCAGACCUGGACGACUAUCUGGGAGUGCUGAAGGACGACUUCGAGGGCAGCGGCAGGACGGAGCGCGGUUCGUUGGACAGGGAUGACGACGGCGGAGACGGGUCGGUGAUGGGGUACUCCGCCUGGGGGGGCGAUUCCAUCCUGGGGGGAGGGGAAGGGUCCGCGCUGGGGGUUUCUUCUGCGCACGGAGGGAGCGCUCUGGGGGGGAUGGGGCGCACCGAGGCUGCCGCCGCUCGGAGAGAGGAAGAAGAGGAACGAACAGCAGCGUCGAAAAAGCGACACCGCGGCCAACCGUCCGCCGGCCAGCUGCAGCGCGCGCGCGGGUACCACCCGGUAUCGCUAAACUUCGGGAGGCCCGACAUCGCAGCGUUCAUCACGGGCACCGUCAGGGGCACCGCCGUCGUGGCCCAGUGGGCGCCCCCCGUCGAUUCGCGGCCGCCGGCGCCUUCGUCUUCGUCGCCACGGCAACAGCCCACCGCCGGCGGGUUGCGACAGAUGCUGACGAGGCUGAACACCGGGCAACGCAUCUCGAAGAGGGACCUGAUGGAAGCCGACCUCACCGUAGUGGACUCCAGCCUUGCCAAGUCGAAGAAGCCGUCUUCCGUGUCCGGUGUAACCGGGUUCGAUAUGCCGAAUUCGGACAUCCCCAACAAUGGGUCCGUCGGCUGUGUGGACGAGAAGAGUUGGCUGGUGUUGUACUGCGGCGCCAACGGCAAGGUCGAGCAGGCUGUGCAAACAGCGAGUGAGGGGCUCAACGUGGCAUGGCGAAAGGAGUACUUCUCCAAGUGGUGA